AUGCCCAGGUCAUUCCUAGUGAAAAAGCCCUGCAGCCACAGGAUCCCAAACUAUGGACAACUGCUAGAAGCACAGACAGAUAUCCUUGCAUCUUGUGGUUCCUGUGCAGGCCUGAUAUCCCUGUUUCAAAAUGAAGGUUCAUCUAUUCCAAAGCUUGAUGCUGUGGGUCUAUGGGACACAGAUGGGUUGUCACAAAGCUUAUCGGAUGUAAGACAGAAACCAAAGCUUGAAUCAGUUGCUCCAUCAUGGCAAAAGAGCGAGUCCAGCAAUGAACUGUCUAUUGUAUCAACAGCUCUACCUCUUAAAGACAGUGUGAUUAACAUAAAUAUGCCUCUUGAAAAAGGUGCAUUGGAUGUGGGCAGUGACCUGUCAGAUUUCAACUUCUUCCAACACAUGUUCAAAAAGCGAGAGACAGCCCAACAUUCAGAGUCACUAGAAUGUUCAGAGUGUCGACAAUCCUGUAUAGUAGCCCCCUUUCACAAACCACAAGACUACCAUGGGUCAGCACAUAGGUUGUUCAGCUGCCAAUACUGUGCCAAGGCAUAUGCUAGCCUGGGUGCUCUGAAGAUGCACAUUCGCACUCACACACUUCCGUGUGCUUGCAGGAUCUGUGGCAAAGCUUUCUCCAGGCCCUGGCUGCUGCAGGGACACAUCAGGACACAUACAGGUGAGAAGCCAUUCUCCUGUCUUCACUGUGGUCGUGGUUUUGCUGACCGCUCUAACCUACGAGCCCACCUUCAGACGCAUUCUGAUGUCAAGAGGUACCAGUGCCCAGGUUGUGGAAAAACUUUCUCUCGUGUCUCUUUACUUGCCAAACACCGUGAUGGCUGCUGCUGCCCAGUGUCCUGACCUACACAAGACAAAGCUGUUUUUUCCACUGCAUAGUCUGGAUGGAAGAGACACAUUUAUUAAGCAGUGUUACUAUAGAAAAAUGAAGAGGAUUUAUAUAUUUUGAAACAAAUUGUAGAUAUUUACUAUUCACGUUCAUAUCUCCAAUGAAAUAAUAAAGUGGAAACAGCAAUGGCUUCAAUUGUU